CAAUGUUGUUGUCUCAGUUUAAACGAUAAAGCGAACGAAAAUAGACAUAAUUUUAGUGGUGUUAUGUGAAGUGUAAACUAAAUAAAAAAUAUCUUGUGGAAUAAAAGCGCUGGCGCGACGGAAUAAACGCACUAAUACGUGAAAUAAGAUUUGGAUAUAGUGAUAAUAUACAAACCGAUACUAGAGUUCGGUAUAAAUAAUUGGAUGGAUUAUUAAUGAAAUAAAGUUACUUGUUAUACAAGAGCGUGUUCGUAUACAAUAUAUUAAACGGGAGAGAAGUAAAAACAUUUUUUAAUAAAACUUGUUACAAGAAGUGAAAGAGGAUUUAGACCUCAGAUGAAAUGACGGGAGUGCAUAUUACAAAAACAGAAAAGUUUUCUAGUUGAAAAAAAAUUAUUUCAAUAAUUAUUUAAAGAAAUAAUAAAAAUUGUACACAAUAUCAAAGUUCAUCAUAAAUUAAAACAAUACAAAGCCAAAUCAUGACGAGUCGAAUCAACUCAGAAAGCUUGAAUGAAAACAAGGAACGUGUAGACGAAGAAAGUUUUAAAAAGAAAGAAUAUUUAGGGAAUAUUGAUAGUGAAGAUUUGGCCCACGGUACUGAUUCUGGUUUUUUGUCGGGUCCACAAAACUCUUUUUAUGAAGAACAGGAAGAACAGAAAUAUAACGAUCCGAAAAGUUUGGAUAACAGCUGUAAUGAUUUAAAACCCGAUAACGGGAAACCAACACUCGGUUCAAAGAAUUCUGGUGAAAAGACUGCAGAAGACGCUUGUGUUGUCGAUUCGGGUUGCAUUGAUGAAGAGGAAUGCAACGAGGUCGAACAACGAUCUGUUGUGCAAGAUACAAAUACACAAGCGAGUGAACAAUUAAACUCAGAAAACGCAAGUACAACCAAGGAUAAAAGCACUCAUGACAAUAACAUGAGACUUGAGCACGAUGUCGAUAGUCACAUCGCAGAAAGAUUUUGCAAUCUUAGUCUACAGCAUGGACCAAUAAAUGACUUGAAUGGAUCUGAUAAUAGAGCAAAUGUAGAACCUACCCCGGCAGCAACAACUCCAAAACAUUCGGCUGAACCUUCUAAUCAAUUGCCGGCAUGGGAACAAUGUUAUCAACAAAACGAUGACGGAGACACUUACCUUCAUUUAGCGUGCAUCUCAGGCUACGACAACGUAGUUGCAGCCCUUAUCAGACUAGCUAUACAUCCUUGUUUGUUAAAUAUAAAAAAUGAUUAUGGCCAAACCCCCCUACACUUAGCCGCGCUUACAAAACAAAGGAAAAUCUUGCGUAUGCUCUUACUUGCCGGCGCUGAGCCAACCCUUCGCGACCGUCACGGGAAUACAUCACUGCAUCUUGCCUGCAUGUCUGGCGACGAGCAAUGCGUGAAUGCGCUAACAAUGCCUUUCAGUGGUUCAGAGAUCAAUGAGGCGCAUCGCCAAUAUGGCUACAGAUCAAAUGAUAAACUAUUUUCCUCACUUAGCUAUGCCUGUUUACCUUCAGGUUUAGAGAUUCGUAACUACAACGGCGAAUACUGUGUUCAUUUAGCUGCUGAAGCUGGUAAUUUACAAAUACUAAGAACUUUAGUACAAUCCGGAGCCGAUAUCAAUGCGAAGGAGGGCAAAGGUGGCUACACACCGCUUCAUAUCGCUAUCGAAAAGAACAAUGAGGAAUUGUUCAAUUUCCUACUCGAUGAUUGUAAGCCAACACUUAAUGUGGAAACCACCACAUUUGGACGUUUGACGCCUUAUCAAUUGGCAUGCAUUUUAAAUAGAACACAAAUGCAAAGCAUUUUGGAGAAGCAUGGUGCGGAACCACUAACACCACCAGAUAGUGAAUAUGAAAGUGAUGACGAUGAUUCGGACUUGGAAGAAUCCAAGAACUAUGAUCGUAUCGUCGAGACGGGAAUCUUUGGAAAUUUCAAAGGCGGCAAUGCUAUGGCAGUGAUGUAAUAUAUGAAAGUUGUGUUGAGCACCUGAAAUGCAUUUGGCGCGUGAUUUUCACUGGAAAGGAGUACCUAAAUACGCUCAAUGUACUUAAAUGUAUGAGAAAUUUAAGCGAUGCGAAUAUAAAAACGCCGAAAAAGUGAAAAUUUUAAAGAAUUUGAAACAUAUAUUUACGUUUAGUGUAGAUAAUGAAUUGGUUUAUGAAAAUCUCGAUAUCCUGUUUUAAUCCUUAAAUCCUUAUAACAUAAUUUAAUUUUCAUAUGCAUAUUUGAAAAUAUUUAUAACAUGACUGUAUGAAAUUAAGUAUUUACUCUAUAGCAAAGUAUAUUUAUGUGUGAAUAAUCUGAAAACAAAACAAAAAAUACAUGCCUUCAUAUAAAGUGACCCAAAAUAUAACAUUAAUAAUAAAUUUGUGCAUACCCAACACAAAGGAA